GAGCGUGGCGCAUUGAGCAGCGGAAAGUGGCCGCGUGGUCGAAUAGUACGCGUCACGUGACCCACAGGCCCUCCUUCCUUUAUUUAGCACACCUCUGCAUGGACACAGCAUCAGCAUGAGCACCCCAGCACCGCAGCCCGUACCUAAGCGCGGUAUCGUCAAACAGGUCCUGUCAGGGGACUCUGUUGUGAUCCGCGGCCCGCCCAGAAAAGGAGCACCUCCUCUAGAGAAAACUAUUCUCUUCUCCAAUGUUCUGGCACCAAAGUUGGCUCGUCGAGCGACAGCUAGUGCUGCUGACACUAGAGAUGAACCUUGGGCAUGGGAAGCCCGUGAGUUCCUUCGUAAAAAGGUGAUUGGCGAGUCAGUUUUGUUUGUUUCGGAGGUGAGCUCAAACCAACGGGAAUAUGGUGUUCUUUACCUCGGCAAAGAUAUUCAGUCUGGGGAAAAUAUCACUGAAUCAUUAGUGAAUGAGGGAUUGGCAACUGUGCGCAGAGAUGGACGAGCUCCUGAAGUUGCACGGCUUGUUGAACUUGAAGAUGCUGCCAAGACUGCUGGCAAAGGAAAAUGGGGAGGAAACCCAUCUGAACAUGUGCGCGACAUCAAAUGGACUAUUGAAAAUCCCAUGGCCUUUGUUGACAAAAUGGGCCACAAGCCCAUCAAAGCAGUUAUUGAGCAUGUCCGUGACGGAUCUACUGUCCAUGCAUUCCUUCUUCCUGAUUUCUACAGAAUCACACUUAUGAUCUCUGGAAUUCGGGCUCCAAAUAUUCCAAGACCUGAUGAAAACAAACAGCCCGAUGCUUCAACCUCAUUGGCUGAGGAAGCCAAAUACUUUGUUGAGUGCCUUCUACUCAACCGAGAUGUAGAUAUUGUUCUGGAAUCCACCAAUAACAAUAAUCUUGUUGGAUCAAUUCUGCAUGAGAAAGGAAAUAUUGCUGUUGCCUUGUUACGUGAAGGCUUUGCAAGAUGUGUAGACUGGUCCAUUGCACACAUGAAGACUGGUGCAGAUAAACUUCGUGCUGCAGAAAAAGAGGCAAAAGAAAAGAGGCUGAGGAUUUGGAAGGAUUGGACUCCCACUAACACUAGUCCUGGUAAAGAGUACUCAGGCACUGUUGUUGAAAUUAUCAAUGGUGAUGCCCUAAUGGUCAAGGUACCUGGCCAAUCUCUUCCCAAGAAAAUAUUUUUGGCUAGCAUUAGGCCACCAAGGGAGCAAAGAUCCGCUGAUGAGAAACCUGAAGAGAAAGCGCCACUCCCACCAGGACAACGUAAACCAAGGCCACUGUAUGAAGUGCCCUAUAUGUUUGAGGCAAGAGAAUUCUUACGAAAGAAGCUUAUUGGUAAGAAGGUGAACAUUGUAGAAGACUACGUACAACCGGCUUACCAGAAUUUUGGUGAGAAAGUUUGCUGUACUGUCACCAUAGGAGGAGUAAAUGUUGCUGAAACUCUUGUGAGCAAGGGUCUUGCAACAGUUCUCCGUUAUCGUCAAGAUGAUGAUCAGCGCUCUUCACAUUAUGAUGGACUUCUUGCUGCCGAGACUAAAGCGGCUAAGUCUGGACAUGGCUUACACUCAAAGAAAGAGCCCCCAGUACAUCGAGUUGUUGAUGUUUCUGGCGAUCUAGCAAAAGCAAAGCAGUUUUUGCCAUUCCUUCAGCGUGCUGGAAGAAUUGAUGCCAUUGCUGAGUUUAUCACAAGCCGAUCCCGUCUUCGACUUUACAUCCCUAAGGAUUCAAGGCUGAUUACAUUGCUGCUUGCUGGAAUUUCAUACAACAAGACUAAGCAAGGACAAUCACCUUAUAAUGAUGGAGAGCCUUUUACUGAUGAAGAGGCCACUAACUUUACUCGUGAGAAGUGUAUGCAGCGUGAAGUACAAAUUUCAGUGGAAUCUAUGGAUCGGGUUGGAAACUACAUUGGUUGGCUCUGGGUAGAAAACACAAAUCUUUCUGUUGCUUUGGCUGAGGAGGGCUAUGCCAAAGUGCACAGCUCUGCUGAGUACUCUGACCAUCACCGAGCAUUGAAGGCUGCUGAAGAAUCCGCCAAAGCAAGACGAAUUGGGGUUUGGAAGAAUUACAAGGAAGAAGAUGAACAGGAAGUAAAAGAAAAGAAAGAGGAGGACAGGAAUGUGGACCGUCAAGUUAAUCAGAUAAGGGUAGUUGUCACUGAAACUACCCCUGAGCUUCACUUCUAUGCUCAAGCAGUUGAUCAAGGUCCCAAGCUGGAGGCUUUAAUGGCUAAAAUUCGUCAGGAAUUUACUGCUAAUCCUCCACUUCCUGGAGCCUACCAACCUAAAAAGGGUGACGUAUGUGCUGCCAAGUUUGUUGAUGACGAGUGGUACCGAGCCAAGGUAGAGAAGGUUGAAAAAGGUGGAAAUGUCAGUGUACUGUACAUGGACUACGGUAACAGGGAAACUUUGUCAGCCACGCGCUGUGCUCAGCUGCCGUCUGCUUUCACUCCCGAAAAAGCUUAUGCUGUUGAGUACCAGCUGUUUGGUGUUACACUCCCACCAGACGCGGAUUACUCUGAAGAGGCAAGAAGUACAUUCAGAUCGGAUGUUCUUGAUCGCACGCUUCUGCUGAAUGUAGAGGUCAACGGAUCAAUCCCCCUUGCUACACUUGAAGAUCCUACCAGCAAAGUGGAUGUUGGCAAAGCUUUAAUUGAGGAUGGCCUCUUGCUUGCUGAAAAAAGAAAAGAGCGCCGUCUGGCCAAAUUGUUGACUGACUACAAGAAUGCUCAAAGCGAAGCUGCCAAGAACCACUUGAAAAUAUGGGAGUAUGGAGACAUCACUGAGGAUGAUGCAAAGGAAUUUGGAAUGUAAAAGUGAAGACCGGUUCAUGGACCGAGUCAUUAACAGUGUUAGUUAAGUGGUCUUACAGGUUGCUUGGAUUUUAAGAACAUGCUAUGUUGGCAUGUAAUAUCUAAGGGGGAGAUGUAACAAUAUGAACUAGCUCAUAUGCCAGUGUUGUGUCUUUGUUAACUUUCCUCAUCAGCUGUUUUAAGUAAGAUGCCCUUUUUAAUUUCCACCUAGAACAUUACCCGGAAAUCAUAUUUUUUUGUGUAUAGUGCUUAUACAGCUAAACCUGUCAAUGCUGCAUUUUUACCUAGAUUGUUUGGCCCUUCUAUGAAGAAUCCAUCAACAGCAAUGUAUUCAAUUUCAUCUUAAGAGUUGCUUUUUUAUUAUACCACUUCCAGCAUUUUCUGGCACCUGAUGUUUCUUGUAAUUUGUGCUGGUUUUAGGGAUAAGCAUUGGUUAUUUCCUUUGUUUUCAUCAAUUUUUUUCAUGUUGCAAUAUUCAAUGCAUUGGGUUUGCCAUGACAUAAUUGAAUUGUUGUCUUAUACUUCCUAGACUAGAAUAAUAUUCUAGUUUGUUUUGUUGUGUUCAAUAAUAAUGAAAUGAUAUUGUUAUGUUAAAGGAUGCAGUCUGAUAUGUCCAAGUUAAAAUUAAGGUUAUACAGUGUGAAUGAUGUGAAGUUAAAUAUGAAUUAGAUACUUUUACCAUGAGCAUAUCUUCCAAGAUGAUUGUUUUCUGAUUGUUACUUCUUUGCUUGUUUUAUGACUUACCUGAAAUCUAGUGCAAUGGAAUAUACCGAAGUAGAAACAGCAGCAGGUUGUGCUUUUUAUACCACCACUGCUGGAAAGUGGAUUUGCAUUAGCGUCUGGCAACAAUUGCCGAUCAAAUCGUCAAUGUUGUGAUUUUAUGACAAAUUAUUUACAUUAAUGUGUAUAUAUAUAUUUGCAUAUAUAAAUAUACAUCAAUAUCUUCCUAGAUUAUUUUACUGUGUACAUGCCCAAGCUAC